AUCUGAGACUCUACAGUGUGCUGCCAGUCUGUGAGCUGGAGAGCCACCGACAGAGCCACUGACACAGAUUGAUACUGAUUGAUACUGACAGGAACAGACUUUGACAGAUGACCAGACAGAGAUAAUGACGGUGUGGACCUUGGGGUGGCAUUGAUUUUAGUUGGCACGCACACUUGCUCCUGCAUUUGUUUGAAGGUACUUCAGCUCGUCUCCUGGUCUUGGAUCAUUUUUAUGUAAGACUGCAAUGCUUCCAUUCUACCUCUUCACCCUGUUUGGUGAGUAAAGAAAACACAUUUGCAGUGAAUAUGUGCAUGUUUUUGUACAUGCAGCGAUGCUUGUUUUAGUGUCUGUGUAUGAUUCAUAUCCUCCAUCUUCUCUCUUCUCCCAGCCACAGUCCAAGGCCAGAAUGGGCCCUUGCCAGGCUGCUGUAGCUUUGAGUCCAGCACCUGCGGAUACACGUCAGACCCAGACUUUACGAGCUGGACGCUCAACAAAGAUGGUAGGAGACUUUGAAAAAGGUUGAAGCCUACCCCCUUUAAAUUACACUGACAAGUGCCUAUAAUACAGUAGCUUAUACCCUUUGAAGUGCUUGAAAUGCAUGGCAACCUGUUGUUGUGUAUGGAAAACACAAGAAGACAGUGACCUCUCUUCUAUGCAGCAAAGAUUAUUGGGGCUUAUUACACAUAUUUUAAUAUUCUAGUGCCUGUAGUAGUUGUUGUACUAGUUGUUGUACUUGUUGAUGUGGUUUCUGCAGUUGUUCUGAGGGAAAGGAGAGAGACAAUAGCAAGAGAGAGACAUCUGGAAUGCAAUUGUUUCCAACAUCAGAGCACAUCUGGAGUCAGUGAAAUAGCACAUUUAGGCAUUCACAGCUCUAAGAGUUGGUACUUGGUACUAUUCUGAAGAGUGCUAGAUACAUAUUUAUACCCCAGAUAAGUCCAUCAUCACUUAAGCAGAAUGAUCAAAGGACACAUAAGAAAGCAGAUGAAAUGUUAUGGCAACCAUGUAAUCAUAAUUGAUCUGUAAUUAUUCUGUUUUGCCCUGAGACAGGGACACAUAAACUGUUGUUCACUGAGCAAACAGAAUGUCUCCUCCUGUGUUUGUCUUUUACUUGUGUCCUGUUGUGGCGAACCUUCUCCAGUCCUUCCUCUUCAUCAUCUGAUUCCUCUCUUCUUUUUUCUAUCCAUCCUUCCCUGCCACUGUCGCCCUUGGCAUCCUUUGAAAUAAGGCGUAAUGACAAUAGAUGAAGUAGAUUCUGUUAUACUCUCUAUCUCUCUCUGUUUUCAUAGUACCUCUAUUCAAACUGUCUCUAUGUCUUCUCAGGGUCUUUUAUCUCAGUGGACACAGGACUAGAGUACCAGAAUAGUCAGGAGAAGAGGCCAGAGGGAGAGGAAAGGUCAGAGGGAGAGAGCAGGGGGGUUCUGCUGAGCCCGGCCAUGGAGCAAGAGGACUGGAGCUGUCUCAGGCUGGUGUACCAACUCUCUGGGUCGGGCUCCCUGCAGGUCCAGCUGCGCAGGGAGGGAGAGAGCUUCGACUGGACACUGUGGAGCACCCAGACCGCCUCUGACAGCUGGCUCAUCUCUAGCAUCGACCUCCAGAACACCACAGAGCCGUACAGGGUAAACAACACACCCUCAGGAACACGGGAGGCACAUACACACUGUUAAAACAUAUGUGCUAAUCUAAACACUGCCAUACGUAGGUGGAGGAAUGGGGCCUGGAAAAUGUUAGAGCCCUCACAUUGAUUAGUCCAAACAUGAAAUGACAUGCAUGUCUCGUAUCUGCUGCUCAAUCUCUCAUGUCUGUGUACUGCUACAAUGUAUGGCAGGGGUCGGCAACCUUUUUUGUGUGGAGUGCCAUUUUACAAUUUAUCCUACCAUUUCUAAUGAUCUGCAUGCCAGUUAUGAUUUUCAUAUGUGCAUUGCAACUAAUUGUGUCAAUUGAAUAUCUAAUUGCCCACAAAAGGAAGAAUUCCAUAGCUCGCUAAAAAGGGGCGCUGUCCAUUAGCACCACGGGCUUGAUCUUGGAACACAGAUUCUCUUGUUGAAUGAUACAGUGACAUUUAACCACAGGGUGGCCAAUCUUAUCUUCAAUCAGCUUUGAGAAUCCUUUAGGUUUCCCCACCAUAGUGGGGGCACCAUCAGUUGUAAUAGUGAAUAUGUUUUUAAUAUCGACACCUCUCUCCUCAAAACGAUCUGUGAAGGCUUUUGCUACAUCUUCCCCUUUAGUAGUACCAUGCAUGGGUUUUAGACAAUGCAGCUCCUCACGUACCUGCUCUGAGUCACAGUAACUUGCAACAACUGCCAGACGUGGAAUGUCAUUCAUAUCCACACUCUCAUCAAGAGCCACACUAAACACAGGUGCAUAUUUUAACGCUACAGUUUGCUGCUCCUUUACAUUUUCAACCAUCUCGGCAACUCGCCUUUCAACAGUUCUGGCAGACACAGGCAUCUCUUUUAUCUUUGAGAUGAUUGUGUCUUUCUUAGGUAAUCCAUCAAAUAAGCCUCCUUGAUAUAUUCCCCAUUAGUAAAUGGUUUUCCAUGUUUAGCAAUGCACUGUGCAACUUUGUAGCUCUCCUCUGUAGCUUGAUUUGUGACUGCAUGUAGAUUUGUAAACACACAGCUUUGCUUUUCAUACCUGGACGGCCUUCUUGAUUCCUUCAGCCUUGUCCACCUCAUCCUUGAAGUUUUUCUCAUGUCUCGUUUCAAAAUGACGCCAUACACUUGAUGUCCGACAAACAACAGUUUUACAAUAGAGAGCGCAAACAGAGCCGUCCUUCAGUAAAACAAUCCAUGUUCCUUUGUCCAAGAGGCAAUAAAUGAGCGGACAUAUGCCUUAUUUUUCUUUGCUAAUGACAUUUUGCGCCCUGAACUUUUUUAAAUAACAAAAGAAGGUUUGCUAGCUGCUAGCCAUGAGAAAACACAUUUCUCAUCUUCAGCGCUGCCAAAUUUGGCGGGAGAGGCGGGUCAUCUUGCUCUGAACUAAUAAUAUGAAACUAUUCUAUUGGCUAAUCAGGAUUGAUAUACCUUGGGAACUACAACAUUGCAGUGAAUACCAAUGCAAUUUCGAAACCAAUGCAUGCAAUUUCAAUUAUUUUCUCCAGUUUCAUUUUUUUAUUUUUUUUAUGGCAAAAAUAAGUGAGAUAAUAAACGUCCAGCCAAGGCUUAGCACACCACGCAAGGGGGGUGGCUCAUACGCCCCCCAGCUAGCAUACCCUCACUUGCCAAGGCUGGCACACAUGCCUUAGGUUGCCGACCCCUGUUGUAUGGCAUGUAACCUCUUAAAUGUACUUCCUGCUGCACAACCUGACUGGAUUGAUAGAAAUAAGGGAGCAUGGUGGAAACGUGCGGUGCACUGCACACAGGCUGUAGUCAUGGUUUUAAACGUUUUGAAAUCUCACAGUAUCAACUUUGCUGUGCGUUCGAGGCUUCUUUUUACAGUUUAUAGCUCGAGGAAACUGUGCAGACAUGGUGAUCUGAGCUAUCUCAUUGGCCAGCGGUAGGCCUAUAGGUGCACUUGAUUUGUUCUCUGGGCCUACUGAGUAGGCGUUCUACCUUCAGACACAUGAAAUGGUUCAAAAUGGGAACACUUUGCCUUCCCAGUGCUAGGGCUGCUGAAUCAAGUGCACCUACGCCAAACGCAAGGCUUUAUCGCUGGAUUUUUUACAGAAAUGUUUGGUGAUCGACUAGGAAUGCCUUGGAGAUCAACCAGUCGAUCGUGAUCGACCGGUUGGUGACCACUGAGCUAGACCAUGCUGGUCGGCCAGCAAAACCAGUUAGAUCAUGUUGUUCAGAACAGCUUGAACAGCAUCAGACCAGCACUGACCAGCAUGGACCAGAAUAGACCAGCUUGAAAUGUUUUUUUCAGCAGGGAUAAUGGAGCACAGACAUACUAUACCUCCAUAUCCCCUCCUACUUCAUUACUGAUUGAGGGCCAUUACUGAACAUCUGUUUCCCAUCAGAUUGUCAUUGAUGGCAGACCCGGUGAGAGCACAGGCAGCAGUGUGGCCAUCUUUGAGAUACGCAUCAGCUCUGGAUACUGCUUAGGUCAGUGAAUCGCACACAUAUCAUAUACCCAUGGGAUUUGUAAGACUUUGAAAGUGUAUGAUAUCAUGCACAUACGCCCCCCAGCUAGCACAUAACGUUCUAAGAACCAUAUGUUUCUUAGAGCUUGGUGAGAGCGUGGAUGUCCUAUUGCUUUUUUGCAUACAACCUUCCGACAACUUUCUGGGAAUGGUGCAGGAUAGUUGCUUGGCUUUGGAACAUCCUCAUCACAUUUAAGGAACUUGACAAAAAUAUAUAUAUUUAUUGGUAUUUCAUUACUUUAACAGAACGUUUCCUAAAAGUUCAAAUAUGGUUCCAUUUUAUUUAAAUGUUCGUAAUGUUCUAAAAACGUUCUCCAACUGGUUUGACAUUGGGAAUGUUCUCAAAUAGUUCAGAGACUGUUAAGAAACAACAUUCUUCUGUGGGAAUUUCAGUACUUAAGCAGAACGUUACCUACAGGUUUCCUCAUGGUUCUAUUUAAAGUAAUGUUCUUAAAUUGUUCAGAGAACGUUAAGAAAACUUUCCAUAAAAACCACAAGAAAACGUAUACAUUCAGUUCUCAGCAUCAACAAAACUCUUUCUAUCCUCUGUCUUGUUAAGUGUGUUCAGACGUGUUGGCAACACCUGAUCUUAAUGAGUGCUUGUUUCCUUUUAAAUGGGGUCUCUUUAAACAGACUAAAAUGGCAUGCUAACGCCAUCCUGGGGGUGCAGUGGACUAAUUCCAUGGAUAGAGAAAAUAAGAUUAUAGGUUCGAAUUACACUGAUGCAGUGUCACAAUAAAAAAAAUGUUGUUUACAUCCCUGUUAGUGGGAAUUUCUCCUUUGCCAAGAUAAUCCAUCCACCUGACAGGUGUGGCAUAUCAAUAAGCUGAUUAAACACCAUGAUCAUUACACAGGUGCACCUUGUGCUGGGGAUAAUAAUAGGCCACUCUAAAAUGUGCAGUUUUGUCACACAACACAAUGCCACAGAUGUCUCAAGUUUUCAGGGAGCGUGCAAUUGGCAUGGUGACUGCAGGAAUGUCCACCAGAGCUGUUGCCAGAGAAUUUAAUUGUCACGGUUUCGGCCGAGACUGCUCCUCCUCCUGGUUCGGGCAGGCUUCGGCGUUCGCGGUCUGUCUUGUACACCUGUGUCUGUUUGUGUUCUGAUUACGUGUCCUAUAAGUUCCCUGUUUUGUAUUGGUUAGAUUGUGUGUUGUUGUCUGCCUGUAUUUCGGAGCUGCGUGUUGACGCUCUGUUUGUUUGUUUAGUGUUUACGCAUGGUUUACGUAUUCACUCGCCUCUGUUUGUUUCGAGGCCGUGUAUUGUAUUUUUGCACUUUUGACUAGUAAAGUCUGUUGGACGAAGCCUCUGUGUCCUGCGCCUGACUCCUCCACCACAUCCACAUCGGUUCAUCUGACAGAACAACACACCAACCAUGGAGUCAGCAGGAGCAGCUGCGACACCCAAGUCGCUGGAGGAACGGAUCAGCUAUCAGGACACCAUGAUCCGGCAACUUGGGUCCGCCAUGGACGAGGUGUCCAACACUCUGCGCCGGUUGGUUACUGGGGAGGUGCCCACGUCUUCUUACACCAUCCCAUCACCAACGGCCAGUCCUCCUCUCUCAGCACCGGAACCCAGGGGCAUUCGGCUCUCGCUCCCGAGGGCAUAUGACGGUUCUGCAGCCGGGUGUCAGGGGUUCCUCCUGCAGGUGGAACUUUACCUGGCUACCCUACACCCAGCGCCCUCGGGAUACGAGAGCGUCUCCGCCCUCAUCUCCUGUCUAUCCGGCAAGGCGUUGGAGUGGGCCAACGCCGAAUGGAGGGGAAUAGACGCCGCUACCAUCACCUACGCGGAGUUCUCCCGCCGCUUCAGGGCUGUCUUCGAUCACCCACCUGAGGGAAAGGCGGCGGGGGAGCGUCUGUUCCACCUCCGACAGGGGAAGAGGAGCGCACAGGAGUUCGCCCUGGAGUUCCGGACUCUAGCAGCGGAUGCGGGGUGGAAUGAGAGGGCCCUCAUCGACCAUUACCGGUGUAGCCUACGAGAGGACGUUCGUCGUGAGCUGGCCUGCAGGGACACCAACCUAUCCUUCGACCAGUUGGUGGACAUCUCCAUCCGUCUCGACACCCUGCUGGCUACCCGCGGACGUCCCGAGUGGGGGUCGUCCAUUCCACCCUCCAGCACCUCCGAGCCGAUUCCCAUGGAGCUCGGGGGUGCUGGCGCUAGAGAGAGGAGGAGAGAGAACCCGAGGGGGGCCAUCCCCUGCACCAACUGUGGCCGUGGAGGACACACCGCGGCCAGGUGCUGGGGAGGGUCUCCUGGGAGAGGGGACAACAGGUCACGCACUGGGGAGUCAUUUCAGGUGAGUAGGCGCCCCACUUACCCAGAGCUCUCUGUUGGUCACAUGAGUAUUCCUGUGAGAUUUCCACAGGUGGCACCUUAUUCCCAGCAUAAGGCGCUAGUAGAUUCAGGCGCAGCUGGGAAUUUUAUUGAUCGUGCAUUUUAUUAUAGGUUAGGAAUUCCCCUUCGGCCGGUAGAAGCCCCCUUUCCUGUCCACGCCCUAGACAGCCGGCCGUUGGGGUCGGGGCUGAUCAGAGAAGUCACAGCACCACUUAAGAUGACGACGCAGGGGGGUCAUGAGGAGAUCAUUCAGUUUUAUCUGAUUGACUCUCCUGCGUACCCCGUGGUGCUGGGGCUUCCCUGGUUAAGCGCCCAUGAUCCUACCAUUGCGUGGCAACAGAGGGCUCUUAUGGAGUGGUCUGCCCAGUGUGUAGGGAAAUGUCUAGGUGUUUCCUUAGGGGCGACCUCGGUAGAGAGUCCGAACCAAGUGCCCGCAAUGCGCAUUCCCCCUGAGUAUGAGGACUUAGCACUUGUGUUCAGCAAAACGAGGGCAACACGGCUACCACCUCAUAGACAGGGGGACUGUGCGAUAAACCUCCAAACAGGAGCGGCACUUCCGCGGAGCCGUGUGUAUCCCCUGUCUCAAGAGGAGACUGCGGCUAUGGAGACUUACAUAGCCGAGUCCUUGGCACAGGGAUACAUACGGUCCUCCAUUUCCCCGGUUUCCUCGAGUUUCUUCUUUGUGAAGAAGAAGGACGGGGGUUUGUGCCCGUGUAUUGAUUACCGUAGUCUCAAUCAGAUCACGGUUAAGUACAGUUACCCUCUUCCACUGAUUGCGACUAUGACAGAAUCAUUACGCGGAGCGCAGUUCUUCACAAAGUUGGAUCUCAGGAGCGCGUACAAUCUUGUGCGCAUUAGGGAGGGGGAUGUAUGGAAAACAGCAUUUAGCACCACCUCGGGUCAUUACGAGUAUCUCGUCAUGCCAUACGGGUUAAUGAAUGCUCCUUCAGUCUUCCAAUCCUUUGUUGACGAGAUUUUCCGGGACAUGCAUGGGCAGGGUGUGGUAGUGUACAUCGACGACAUCCUAGUGUACUCUUCUACACGAGCCGAGCAUGUAGCCCUGGUGCGCCGAGUGUUGAGAAGACUGUUGGAGCAUGACUUGUAUGUCAAGGCAGAGAAAUGCCUGUUCUUCCAGGAGUCCGUCUCCUUUUUGGGUUAUCGGUUGUCCGCGUCUGGUGUGGAGAUAGAGGUAGACCAUGUGUCGGCCGUGCGUAAUUGGCAAACUCCAACCACUGUAAAAGAGGUGCAGCAGUUCUUGGGUUUUGCUAAUUACUACCGGAGGUUUAUCCGGGGCUUUGGACAGGUUGCAGCUCCCAUUACGUCCCUGCUAAAGGGGGGUCCGGUUCGUUUGCAGUGGUCAGCUGAGGCGGACAGGGCAUUUGUCAAACUGAAGAACCUGUUCACCUCGGCCCCGGUGCUGGCGCAUCCGGAUCCCUCUUUACCAUUCCAAGUAGAGGUAGACGCGUCCGAGACCGGUAUUGGGGCAGUCCUGUCACAACGGUCCGGCACGCCACCUAAGCUCCGCCCCUGUGCGUUCUACUCCAAGAAGCUCAGCUCGGCGGAGCGCAAUUAUGACGUUGGGGACAGGGAGCUGUUAGCUGUAGUCCAGGCCCUAAAGGUGUGGAGGCAUUGGCUUGAGGGGGCUCAACACCCUUUCCUCAUUCUGACUGAUCACCGUAACCUAGAGUACAUCCGGGCAGCUAGGAGAUUGAACCCUCGUCAGGCUAGGUGGAACAUGUUCCUGACCCGGUUUGUUUUUAAGAUCACAUACAUCCCAGGGUCCCAGAACGGUAAGGCAGACGCCCUGUACCGGCGGUAUGACACAGAGGAGAGGGCCAUUGAGCCUACUUCCAUACUGCCGGAGUCUUGUCUGGUGGCUCCGGUGUUAUGGGAGGUCGAUGCGGAAAUCGAGCGGGCACUGCGUACCGACCCUACUCCCCCCGAGUGUCCUGUGGGGCGGACGUACGUUCCGCUCGAGGUUCAUGAUCGUCUUAUUUAUUGGGCUCAUACAUCACCCUCCUCUGGACAUCCAGGUAUUGGCCGGACAGUGCACUGCCUUAGCGUGAAAUACUGGUGGCCAACGUUAGCUAAGGAUGUGAGGGUUUAUGUCUCCUCCUGCUCGGUGUGCGCCCAGUGUAAGGCGCCUAGACAUUUGCCCAGGGGUAAGUUACAUCCCCUGCCCGUUCCACAACGACCAUGGUCCCACCUCUCGGUGGAUUUUGUAACCGACCUACCCCCUUCCCAGGGGAAUACCACCAUUUUGGUCGUUGUGGAUCGGUUCUCCAAGGCCUGUCGUCUCCUCCCAAUGCCGGGUCUCCCUACUGCCCUACAGACCGCCGAGGCCCUAUUUACCCACGUGUUCCGGCACUAUGGGGUCCCCGAGGAUAUUGUGUCUGACCGAGGUCCCCAGUUCACCUCCAGAGUCUGGGGGGCGUUCAUGGAACGCUUGGGGGUCUCGGUGAGCCUUACCUCGGGGUACCACCCAGAGAGCAAUGGGCAGGUUGAACGAGUCAACCAGGAUGUGGGUAGGUUUCUGAGGUCCUAUUGCCGGGACCGGCCGGAGGAGUGGUCUAGGUAUAUCCCCUGGGCAGAGAUGGCCCAGAACUCUCUCCGCCACUCCUCCACCAAUUUAACACCUUUCCAGUGUGUUUUAGGGCAUCAGCCGGUCCUGGCACCGUAGCACCGUGGCACGAGAGCCAGAUCGAGGCCCCUGCGGUGGACGAGUGGAUUCGGUGCUCGGAGGAGGCGUGGGACGCUGCCCAUGUCCAUCUGCAGUGGGCCAUCCGUCAACAAAAGGCGAGCGCCGAUCGCCACCGCAGUGAGGGACCGGUGUACGCACCGGGAGAUCGAGUCUGGCUCUCGACUCGAAACCUGCCCCUCCGCCUGCCCUGCCGGAAGCUGGGUCGGCGGUUUGUGGGGCCCUUUAAAGUCCUGAGAAGAUUGAACGAGGUGUGUUACAGGUUACAACUGCCUAUUGAGUACAAGAAUAUUAACCCCUCGUUCCAUGUGUCUCUUCUCAGGCCGGUGGUAGCUGGCCCACUCCAAUAAGAUGAGAUAGGAGAGACCCCUCCGCCCCCUUUGGACAUCGAGGGGGCCCCGGCGUACAGGGUCCGGACCAUCUUGGACUCGAGGCGCCGGAUGAGUGGUCUCCAGUAUCUCGUGGAGUGGGAGGGGUACGGUCCGGAGGAACGGUGCUGGGUGCCUAGGAGGGACAUCCUAGAUCCAUCCCUCCUGACUGAGUUCCACCGUGGGCAUCCCACGCGCCCGGAUCCGCGUCCUCCUGGCCGUCCCCGAAGCCGGGGUCGGCGCACGUACUGUCACGGUUUCGGCCGAGACUGCUCCUCCUCCUGGUUCGGGCAGGCUUCGGCGUUCGCCGUCCCCGGAGUACUAGCUGCCACCGUUGAAUGUUUCGUGGUGUGAUUGCUUUGGUCUGUCUUGUACACCUGUGUCUGUUUGUGUUCUGAUUACGUGUCCUAUAAGUUCCCUGUUUUGUAUUGGUUAGAUUGUGUGUUGUUGUCUGCCUGUAUUUCGGAGCUGCGUGUUGACGCUCUGUUUGUUUGUUUAGUGUUUACGCAUGGUUUACGUAUUCACUCGCCUCUGUUUGUUUCGAGGCCGUGUAUUGUAUUUUUGCACUUUUGACUAGUAAAGUCUGUGGGACGAAGCCUCUGUGUCCUGCGCCUGACUCCUCCACCACAUCCACAUCGGUUCAUCUGACAUUAAUGUUAAUUUCUCUACCAUAAGCCGCCUCCAAUGUUGUUCUAGAGAAUUUGGCAGUACGUCCAACUGGACUCACAACUGCAGACCAUGUGUAACCACGCCAGCCCAGGACCUCCACAUCUGGCUUCUUCACCUGUGGGAUCGUCUGAGACCAGCCACCCGGACAGCUGAUGAAACUGAGGAGUAUUUCUGUCUAUAAUAAAGCCCUUUUGUGGAUUGGCUGGGCCUGGCUCCCAAGUGGGUGGGCCUAUGCCCUCCCAGGCCCACCCUUGGCUGUACCCCUGCCCAGUCAUGUGAAAUACAUAGAUUAGGGCCUAAUUAAUUUAUUUCAAUUGACUUAUUUCCUUAUAUGAACUGUAACUCAGUAAAAUCGUUGAAAUUGUUGCAUGUUGCAUUUACAUUUUUGUUCAGUAUAGAACCAUUGGGAAACCUGUAGGUAACGUUAUGCUGAAAUACUAAAAUUCCCACAGAAGAAUGUUGUUUCUUAAAGUUUUCUGAACUAUUUGAGAACAUUCCCAGUGUCAAACCAGUUGGAAAACGUUCCUAGAACAUUACCAACAUUUAAAUGAAAUGUAACCAUGUUUGAACUUUUAGGAAAUAUUCUGUUAAAGUAAUGAAUUACCAAGAAAAUUAUGUUUUUUGUAAAGUGCCUUAAAUGUGCUGAGAAUGUUCCAAAGCCAAGUACCUAUCCUGCACCAUUCUCACAAAGUUGUGGGAAGGUUGUAUGCAAAAUAACCAUAAGACAACCAUUCUCUCACCAAGUUCGAAGAAACAUAUGGUACUCAGAACGUUAUGUGCUAGCAGGGAAUGAUACUGUAUGUUAUCUAAUGUAUAUGAAAUGCUAAUGAUAUCACAUGGUGUGGUGGUUUAUUCAUGGUUUACUGUGCUGUUGUCUCCAGAGUGCAACUACGAGGAGUCCCACCUGUGUGGCUACAGAAAUCAGUGGAACACCAAUAUCAACUGGUACAGGAGAGGUGGGGCUGCACGGGACCCUCAGAGUAACCUACCUGAUGACCACACGCGGAGCAACGGAGCAGGUGCAGUCUUAGCAACUCACACAUUUAAAUGCUAGUAGAUGUAUAUCGUAGCUCAACAACAACAAAAAAGCAGAUAGCACAGCCCAACACAGGUCAAUAGCAAAUAACACAGCUAAAACGAAACACAACCAAAACAAAUAACUUAGUACAAUAUCAACAUUCAACAGAACAACAACAUUAUAUAUACUCAGCAAGGGACCCUCUCAACUGACAGCACUGGCCUCCUUCCAAUAGUUCACAAAAGCUCUUUCGUUUUUUUCAUAUGGCAGCAAACUGCCAAUAAAUUGUAGCUUGAGGAAGUACAAUGGACAAGGGAAACUAAAGUUUGUAUCAUCCAUAAUUACUUCAAGUUGAAAAUGAAAGAUGCCAUUGCCUCUUAGGUCACUACAUGUAUGUGGAUUCAGUGUACGCCAAGACAUUCCAGGAGGUAGCCAAACUGGUGUCUCCCUUGACAACGGUGCCAAUGUCGGGCUGCCUGAUCUUCCAGUACCGGCGGGGUGAAGAGCGAGGGAACCUGUUCUCCGUCUACACCAGGGACCAGGCAGGCCAGUACCAAGAUCUGUGGAGAUCUGACCCAGAGGACCAGAACCUUAAUGACUGGACCAAUACAACCUCUGAGUGGAUACCUGUGCAGGUGGACAUCAAGGCCCCGCACCCUCUGCAGGUCAGUGGGGUGCAGAUGUUUUCACAAGGAGUACAAAUUGGAUUUACAUUCUGAUUGAAUACUAAGUACAGUGUAGCUCAGUUGGUAGAGCAUGGCGCUUGCAUCGCCAGGGUUGUGGGUUCAAUUCCCACGGGGGCCAGUAUGGAAAAAAAAAAGUAUGAAAAUGUAUGCACUCACUACUGUAAGUCGCUCUGGAUAAGAGCGUCUGCUAAAUGACGUAAAUGUAAAAUGUACAGUGAGCAGCAUGUCCACUUCUUUGUAUGUGCUGGCCUGAUGUUCUAUGAUUGUAUGUGUACACCUGCUAUCUCCAGGUGGUGUUUGAAGUGGCCUUCAACAGCCCCAGAGGGGGUCAAGUGGCACUCGAUGACAUUACCUUUUCUCCCGAGUUCUGUAGUGCAGAGACAGGUGGGUCUGUGUGUUUGGUCUCUCUCCUCCUGUUUUCAUCAAAUCAAAUCAACGUUUAUUGGUCGCGUACACAGAUUUGCAGAUGUUAUCGCAGGUGCAGUGAAGUGCUUAUGUUUCUUUCUCCAAUAGUGCAAUAAUAUCUAGCAAUACAAUAACAAUACACACAUAAUUCCAAAAGUUAGAACAUCAGAAAUAUGAGAAUGAGCAAUGUCAGAGUCCGGAAUAUCAAUAUAUUUAUAAAUGGUGUGUAUAGACUAUAUGGACAGUAUAUGAAUAGAAAAGGUGUGUACAGCAGUAGUUACAGUAUAUAGGAUUAGCCAUGACUAGAAUACAGUAUAUACAUAUAAAGUUGGUAAAACAGUAUGUAAACAUUGUUAAAGUGACCAGUGUUUAAUGUUUCUAUAUAAACUGAGUGUACAAAGCAUUAUGAACACCUGCUCUUUCCAUGACAGACCAACCAGGUGAAUCCAGGUGAAAGCUACGGCAACUCAAUAUUAGGCUAGUGACAGUGUCUAAGGUGCCGGGCAGAGGACUGGGCAGUGGCCGGCUAGUGAUGGCUGUUCAACAGUCUGAGGCCUGGAAAUAGAAGUAGUUUUUCAGUCUCUCGGUCCUGGCUUUGAUAAACCCGUACUGUCUCCAUCUGCUAGAUGGUAGCAGGGUGAACAGGCCAUGUCUCGGGUGGCUGAGGUCCUUGAUGAUCUUGGCCUUCCUAUGACACCGGGUGCUGUAGAUGUCCUGGAGGGCAGGCAGUAUGUCCCCAGUGAUGCGUUGGACUGGCCGCACCACCCUCUGGAGAGCCAUGCGGUUGUGGGCAGUGCAGUUGCCGUAGCAGGCAGUGAUGCAGCCUGACAGAAUACUCUCGAUGGUGCAUCUGUAGAAGUUUGUGAGGGUCAAGGGGCCAUGCCUAAUUUCUUCAGUCUCCUGAGUUUGAAGAGGCAUUGUUGCGCCUUCUUCACUACUGUGUCGGUGUGGUGGGCCCAUUUCAGGUCCUUCGUGAUGUGUCCAAGUGGGAUAGGGUGGUGUGCAGUGCAGCGGCUAUUGCGUCAUCUGUGGAUCUGUUGGGGUGGUAUGCAAAUUGUAGUGGGUCGAGGGUGUCUGGUAAAGUGGAGAUAAUCUGGUCCUUGAUAAGCCUCUCAAAGCACUUCAUGAUGACAGAAGUGAGUACUACUAGUUCAGUUACCUUCGCUUGCUUGGGUACCAGAACAAUGGUGGAAGAAAGUGGGGACGACAGACUGGGAUAUGGAUAGAUUGAAUAUGUCCAUAAACACUCCAGCCAGCUGGUCUGCGCAUGUUCUGAGGACGCGGCUGGGGAUGCCAUCCGGGCCAGCAGCCUUGCGAGGGUUAACUCGCUUGAAAGUCACAUCGGCCACAGAGAUCUAGAGAUCACAGUCCUCGUGAGCAGAGUGGGCUGCAGUCGGCGGAUCUGUGUUAUUCUCCUCAAACGAGGUGAAGAAGGUGUUCGGCAUAUUUGGGAGUGAGGCGUUGGUGUCAGUGCCGUGGCUGGUUUUCCCUUUAUAAUCCGAUUGUCUGGAGUCCCUGCCACAUACGCCACAUGUCUUAGCCGUUGAAUUGCGACUCCACUUUGUCGCCUCUUUGAUCACCUUACGGAGGUCAUAGCUGGUCUGUUUGUACAUGUCCAUGUUCCCGGUCACUUUGCCGUGGUUAAAUUAAGUGUUUCACACUUUCAGUUUUGUGCGAAUGCUGCCAUCUAUCCACGGUUUUUGGUUUGAAUAUGUUCUGAUCGUCACUGUAGAAACAACAUCCUCUAUGCACUUCCUGAUGACCGAGUCAGUGUAAUCGCCAAUGUUAUUCCCAGAGGCGACCCGGAACAUAUCCCAUGUGAUCACACAGUAGAUUCAGAUUGUCCCUUUCCUCUUCUCCUAACUCUCAUGACUUACAUAGAUUAGUUGAAAGGUAAGAUAGGAGAAAAGCAUGCUAUUAAAGAGUAUUGGGAUGCAGCCUCCUAAUGUCUCCCAUGUGUGCCGCAGAGCCAACCUUUGAUCCCUCCAUUGCCAACUGUGACUUUGAGGGUGGUUUCUGCCGCUACACACAGGAUCAAAAGGAAGGGUCCCCAUGGAAGAGAGUGUCAGUCAAGCCCAACAUUUACAGGACUGGGGACCACACAACAGGGGCAGGUAAGAGAUUAUACGAUUUUGACCACCAAGAGAUGCUAGAGGCGCAAAUAGUGAAUGAGAGAUGGCUUCUCUAUCUUCUCCUGCUGACAAUUUGCACUACAUUACAUUUGGCUUUGGUAAAAACCUGAAGUAUUUCAGGUGUGAGAAAGACACUUAAACAAUGACGUAUUGUGAGACUUGAGACUUGACCAAUGGGUGCAAAGUGAAAAUAUUCCAUGGCAAACCGAUUGACAGGAAACAGAGUUGCGCAAGACGAUAAUAAGAGUUAUUUCUCUCCCCACAGGAUCCUUCCUUCUGGCCCACUCCCGGCUGAAUCCACGUGCUGGCUAUAUUAGCCGCCUGCUCGGGCCUCUUCUGCCCGGCAACAUGAAGUACUGUCUGAGGUUCCACUACUCUCUCCAUGGAUUCAUCCAGACCGACCAGGCUCUCACCGUUUACCUUCAGGAUCAGAGCGGAAUCACACAGGAGAGGAUAUGGACCCAGAACGACAAGUCCAGAGGUGUCUGGAUAGCGACGGAGAUCACCUUCCAGAGUCCACAUGUUGCCAAUGUAAAAUGGCUUAACAUAAUAUUUCCCUUUUUAGUUAGUUGUUGUUUUCAUUCCUCAGUCACAACAACUGAUGUCCUGUGCAUGCCCUUCCUAUAGUGUUUCAUAAUGUUUGUAACUGAAAUCCUUGUGUUUGGGGCUUUGAAGUUUGUUCGGCUUUACAUUGUAUCUUUGACAUUGUUUUUUUUAUUGUCAGUCUUUUGGUUUGAAUCCAGCUUUAUAAGGAGAAGCAGUUAGAUGACAAGGUUUCAUAUGUUUCACAUAGAAUUAAACAAGAUCCUGAAGUCAGUAGUCAGAGAUUCUCCUCAAUGGUUUUUCUUUUUAAACUGCUUUUGCCCUGUUAAAACAUGAAUUAUACCGUAUCACAAUGAAUGAAAUAGAUGUAACUGUCUGCAAAUGUAUUAUGCAGUUACAUUGUCCAGAAGCUAUAUCCUCUGAGAAUGUCUGUUGUUGUUGAUGAUGUCACCCACUCUGCCCCUGCUGUCCAGGUGGUGUUUGUCAGCACAUGUACGAACUUCUGGGACUGUGGGUCAGUUGCUCUGGAUGACAUCAGUGUGAGCCUCGGGGAUUGUGAUCUUACAACAGGUAACUUUACCUUCACGUAUGCCCACAGGAUCUCUGGGAGAUCUCUAGAAGUAGUGCCUCUGUGAUAAACAUAAUGUAGCUCCUUGAGAGUCUUUUUGGGUGUCCAUAUACAGGUCUUCUCCUGUCUGUCCCUGGGCACUGUAACUUUGAGACGGGUCACUGUGGGUACAUUCAGGACAAAGAGGGUGAUAAGGGUGACUGGGUACUGGUGAGAGGGCCUACCCCCACUUCUUACACCGGGCCAAGGGGGGAUCACACCACAGGAGUCGGUGAGUAUCCAACUCCCUCUAGCAUUCACUGAAGGAGUGUAAAUGUGACAUCUCACUGUAGUCUGUUUCCAUGUUAUACCAUGAUAGUUAGAGUUUGACCCUGUGAAACUCUGUUUGUCAGGGUACUACAUGCACAUUGAGGCCUCUAACAUGCUGCCUGGUCAAAAUGCCAGACUAUUCUCCAGUCCUCUGAGGGGGUCCAGGUGUCCUCAGUGCCUGCGUUUCUUCUACCACAUGUACGGCUCGGGCACGGGUGAGCUCAGUAUCCAUCUGCGCAAGGAUGGAAAGGACGAGUUGCUAUGGAAACGCACUGGAGAGCAGAGCAUCACCUGGCUGAGAGCCACUGUGGAAUACCGGAGUGACCAACAGCAUCAGGCAAGUGGUGAAAAACUUCACUACCCAUAAUCCCUUUCCUCCACUGUACAAUAACACCAGAGAUGUAAGAGGAAAGAGACACCCAACUCGUUGUUUUAUUCUGUUUUUUUUCUGGUUCGAUGUAAGUCAAUGAACUAAUUAGCUGUUAUUGCAUUUGUGUCUAUGAGAGACACCCAGUUAAGUAAACUGGAACUGACCUUUUUUUCCAAUGUUAAACUGCCUGAGUGAACUAUACUGAACAAAAAUAUAAACGCAGCAUAUAAAGUGUUGGUCCCAUGUGUCAUGAGUUGAAAUAAACUACCCCAGAAAUGUUCCAUAUGCACAAAAAGCUUAUUUCUCUCCAAUUUUGUGCACAAAUUUGUUUACAUCCCUGUUAGUGAGCAUUUCUUAUUUUAUAUAUGCCAUUUAGAGACGCUUUUUCAUCCUUUUCCAAGAUAAUCCAUCCACCUGACAGGUGUUGCAUAUCAAGAAGCUGAUUACACAGGUGCACCUUUGCUGGGGACAAUAAAAGGCCACUCUAAAAUGUGCAGUUUUGUCACACAACACAAUGCCACAGAUGUCUCAUGUUUUGAGGGAGCGUGCAAUUGGCAUGGUGACUGCAGGAAUGUCCACCCAAGCUGUUGCAGAUAAUGAAAUGUUAAUUUCUCUACCAUAAGCCGCCUCCAACGUCGUUUUAGAGAAUUUGGCAGUAUGUCCAACCAGCCUCACAACCGCAGACCACGUGUAACCACGCCAGCCCAGGACCUCCACAUCCGGCUUCUUCACCUGUGGGAUCGUCUGAAACCAACCACCCGGACAGCUGAUGAAACUGAGGAAUAUUUCUGUCUGUAAUAAAGGCCUUUUGUGGGGAAAACCUCAUUCUGAUUGGCUGGGCAUGGCUCCCCAGUGGGUGGGCCUAUGCCCUCCCAGGCCCACCCAUGGCUGCGCCCCUGCUCAGUCAUGUGAAAUCCAUAGAUUAGGGCCUAAUUUAUUUAUUUAAAUUGACUGAUUUCUUUAUAUGAACUGUAACUCAGUAAAAUCGUUGAAAUUGUUGAUUGUUGCAUUUAUAUUUUUGUUCAGUAUAUAUUCAUUUAUUCACCAUCUUUUCUUUGAUAACACCACCUCCAAAUUACAAAACGAUAUUCAGGCAAAGAUUUGAAGAAUUACACUCACUACUACUGCACCCAGUCUUAUUCACAACAUGUGCUCAGGCCAAAUACUUUUUUACUGAGUCAUCACUUGUUGUUCUUUUUCUCCUAUUGUUCUAGAUUGUAUUUGAGGCCAUCAGGGGUUCCUCAAUAAGAAGUGAUAUAGCCAUUGACAACAUUGUGUUUGAAAGUGGACCGUGCCCAGGUAUUGUAUCUGUUGCCCUAUAAGGGUCAUACAACCUCUCCAAAAAUUGAUUGUUUUGAAUUGUUUUGCUUUUAUGUAGUCUUGCAUAACCUUGUCCCCAGGCUCAGUUCGAGAUCCGGCUUGGGAUUAGAUUGUGUCUUUCAUGCAACUCAUUACUCCUGUUGGUUUUCUUUUUUGUCCACAGAUAUUGAAGUAAAAAUGACCCAUUCCUCUGGAAACUCAAAUGAUAUUGAGUGAAGGAGCAGCAGAGGGGAAUAGUGCUGAAUAGGAUGCAUGAAUCAGUUGAGUUGAAACUUGCACAUGUGGACAAAAAUGUCCCCAAAUACAUGUUAUUUUAUUACAUUUUACAGACGCUCUUA